UCAGUUGGAGCGAAGCAGGCAGGCCGCGCGCACGAGCUCUUGCGACAGCGCUGCACUGCGGCGCGCCAGUGAACCACUCAGUCCUCGCGAGCGCGCGUCGCUUCGAAGCCACCGCCGUUCGAAACGCGGUCGCACGUCGCAGGGAGAGCUUUCACUAACACUGGUCGAGUUUUGUUGCGUGAAGUAGUCCGGAGGAAGCGGGCCGAUGUCUUCCAACGCGAAGAUAAUGUCCGAACAGCGGGACUACGGCAACGGAAGUUCUGCCGUGAGCAUGGAGAUCGGUCACAGCCAUCAGGACCUGGUGUCGGGCGGCGGCCGGCGGCGCUGGAAGGUGGUGCUGGCGGCGGCGGGGGCGGCGGCGGCGGUGGUGCUGGUGGUGGUGCUGGCGAUAGUGCUGACGCGCGGCGAGGCCUCCCCUGCCCCCGCGCCCGCCCCGCAGGAGGCGGGAGGACCCUCCCUCGAGGACAUCCUGCAGCGCCGCUUCGCCCCGCGCUCCUUCAACGGCUCCUGGCUGUCGGGCAGUGAGUUCCUGUACAGAGACGCCGACGGCGGGGUGGUCGUGUUCAGCACGGAGACGCGAGCCAGCCAGCCCCUGCUGACGGACAGCAAACUGAUUCCUUCAGAUGCCAUCGCCUUCGUGCCGUCGGCCGACAGAAGUUACGUGGCGGCCUCACACACCUACAUCAAGGUGUUCCGGCACACUUUUCUGGCUCAUUAUGAAAUAAUUAAUCUCGAAACCAAGUCUAGCAUGUCGCUGGUGACGUCGGACACGGCGACGCCGGACCGCGCCACGCACCAGCUGCUGGAGUGGGCGCCCCGUGGCAUGGCCUUCGCCUACGUGCACCGCAACAACAUCUUCUACCGGCCGUCGGCGGCCAACAGCUCCGAGUACCAGCUCACCACGUCGGGCCAGCCGGGCGUCGUCUACAACGGCAUCCCCGACUGGGUCUACGAAGAGGAAGUGUUGUCUUCCAACAAGGCUCUGUGGUUCUCGCCGGACGGCCAAUACCUCGCCUACGCCACCUUCAAUGACAGCGCCACCCGGGUCAUGACCAUCCCCUACUAUGGUCUGCCGGGAACCUUGCUGUACCAGUACCCUCGUACCGUGCCUUUGCGGUACCCCAAACCAGGCACGCCGAACCCCACGGUGGAGCUGAGGGUGGCUCGCCUGGACACGGCAGGGGGGAUCACCACGGUGACCCUCCCCCCGCCGGAGGAUCUGGCGGGUCAGGAGCCCAUCCUCACCGCCGUCACCUGGGUCAACGACACCGAGCUAGCCGCCGUGUGGAUGAACCGCGUGCAGAACUCGGCCCGGAUCAUCACCUGCACCGUGGCGGAGGCCACCUGCUCUCAGUUAUACUCGCUGCACGAGAGUGAUGGCUGGGUGGAUCUGUUCGUGCCACCCAUCUUCUCGAGCGAUGGCCAGAGGUUUGUCAUCAUCAUGCCUUGGGAUCAAGGCAACGGAAUCGGUCGGUACCGCCACAUCAUCCAGGUCAACGCCAAGACGUUCAUUGCCGAGCCGCUCACCCGGGGGCAGUUCGUGGUCACCGAGAUCCUGCAGUGGGACAAGUCCCAAGACAUCAUAUACUUCCUAGCGACGGAGGCCGGCGACCCCACCAAGCUGCACCUGUACAGCGUGCCGGGUAGCACCGACCUGGCGCCUCAAACCCCCACCUGCCUCUCCUGCGGCGCCAACAGCAGCGACGGCCAGCCCUGCAACUACAACUCUGCCGACUUCAGUCCCGACGGCUCCAGCUACGUGAUGUCGUGCCUCGGGCCUGGCGUGCCCCGCGUCGCCAUCUUCGACAAGACGCACCGCGAGGUGGCCGAGUGGGAGAGCAACUCGGAGACGCGCGAGCUGCUCAAGGAGGUGGUGCUGCCCGACAUGAGGACCCUGGACGUGCAGGUGGAGGGCGGCUUCACGGCCAAGGUGCAGCUGUGGCUGCCCCCGGGCCUGGACACCAGCGGCCGCUCCAAGUACCCGCUGCUCGUCACAGUGUAUGGUGGGCCCGAUUCGUUCCAGGUGACCCAGCGCUUCCAGGUGGACUGGAACACCUACCUGACCACCAACAAGGGAAUCAUCUACGCCGCCAUCGACGGACGUGGCUCUGGCCUCAAGGGCAAUGACAUAAUGUUUGCCCUCUACCGCAAGCUGGGCUCCGUCGAAAUUCGCGACCAGCUCAACGUCACCAGGCACCUGCAGCAGACUCUGCCCUACGUGGAUGCCUCGCGCUCUGCGCUGUGGGGCUGGAGCUACGGCGGCUACAGCACCGCCAUGGCUCUCGCCACGGACUUGGAGGGCGUCUUCAAGUGCGGCAUGUCCGUGGCUCCCGUCUCCGACUGGUUAUACUAUGACUCGAUCUACACGGAGCGCUUCAUGGGGCUGCCGACGGUGAGCGACAACCUGGCAGGCUACCAGAACUCGUCGCUGCUGAACAAGGUAGCCAACCUGCGGAACAAGAAGUUUCUGCUGGUCCACGGCACGCUGGACGACAACGUGCACUACCAGCAGUCCAUGAUGCUGGCGCGUGCUCUUGAGCUGUCCGACAUCCCCUUCAGCCAGCAGACCUACCCCGACGAGGACCACGGCCUGGCGGGAGUGAGGCCUCACCUGUACCACACGCUGGGUGCCUUCCUCGACGAGUGCUUCGAGUGAGCGUCGCAGCGAGCCCUGUACUCACACACACACCGCAGAGUGGUCGCCAGCGCGACAGCACAGCCAGUGGAGUCUAGAGGACGUGUAGCCGCAGCUAAAACAAUUGUGAUAUCUUCAACUGACAUGUCUCCAACAUCCAGUACUUCCAAUGUUUUCAGAUCUCAUGCGAGGUUGCUUUACGAAUACUACGUUUCUGAAUCAAGCAGGUAUUUUUACGUGUGUUUCAGUGUAUUGUUUUUUUUAUUUGUUUUCAUCAUUAAAACCAUUGUUCACUUACAAA